AUGACACAUCUAAGAGGCAGUUACGCUGGGCUUCCAGGUCCGAACUUCGUGGACCACAUCGAGAACGUGACGGAGACGGCGGGGAGCAAUGCCGUUCUCACCUGCACUGUGGAACGCCUCAGAGGGUACAAGGUGGCGUGGGUGCAAGUCGACACACAGACGAUCCUAACUAUCCACAACUCGGUCAUCACGAGAAACCCGCGCGUGGGUCUCAGUCACGAGGGCCAGACGGUCUAUCGCCUCCACCUUAAAAACGUGACCGAGAAUGACCGAGGUUAUUACAUGUGUCAGAUCAACACUGACCCCAUGAUAAGCCAGCUGGGGUAUCUGCAGGUGGUCGUGCCCCCGGACAUCGAGAAUACGGGCUGGACGGGUGACCUGGUGGUGCGAGAGGGCACCAACGUGUCCCUGGAGUGCAGGGCGAGGGGGUACCCGCCCCCUGAGGUCUCCUGGCGCAAGGAGGGCACCACGUCACAGGGCACAGGUGGAGAGGGAGUGAUGCUACACAUCGGCGAAGUGCUCACCAUCGGCAAAGUGUCCAGACUGCACAUGGGCGCCUACCUGUGCAUGGCCUCGAACGGAAUCCCGCCCACGGUCAGCAAGAGGAUUCAGCUGAAGGUCCAGUUCCCACCCAUGCUGUGGAUUCCCAACCAGCUGGAAGGCGCUCGUUUGGGCAGUACCACGGUGUUGGAAUGUAACACGGAGGCGUUUCCCCGGUCGAUUAACUACUGGACUAAUCAUAAAGGAGAGAUGAUAGCAGCAGGGUCGAAAUACGACACGAUGACCAAGGAGGACACCUACAAGACCUACAUGAGGCUGGUCAUCCACAACGUCACGAGGGAGGAUUUCAACACCUAUCGCUGCAUCGCCAAGAACAGCCUUGGGGAAACGGACGGGUCUAUCAAGCUCUACGGCAUCCCCCAGGAGGAGUCGACGCAGGGCCCCCCGAACAAGGAGGAGGGGGAGGAGGCGGGGGGCGAGGACACCGACGGCGGGGGGACCGAGGACGCGCCCCCCCCGCAGGACACGGAGAAUAACUACGCGACGGACCGGCGGGGGGGGAGGCAGCGGGGGAAGGUCACACAGUCCAAGAAGAACGGCAUCGACAUGAAGCUGCGCAUCCGGGAGCUUGUCCAGCUGUGCUCUGUCCCAAAGGAGUUUCAUAUCCUUAGACCGCCCAUACCUAUAUCUGUAGAGACCGCCCAUACCUAUAUCUGGACCAAGAUUUUCCGUAAUCAAAAUCUCGUUGACGGCUCCAACUGCCCGGCUUGGGUCACGUGA